AUGUCGCUUUCAGAGAAGCAAGGCUACAGCAGCGGAACACAAACGCCGUACGAAACGUCGAAAAAGGAUGGUGGUGUCGAUAGCAUUGUCACUCCUGCUAAUGGGGAGCAAGGCGGGUACGCCGGCGAAGGCAACUUUGUGCACCCCGCCGAGGGAGGUGUUCACCGACAACUGAAACAGCGACAUAUGGCCAUGAUUGCACUUGGAGGUGCUAUCGGUACCGGUCUCUUCGUUGGAUCCGGAACAGGUGGUCCGGUUGGUCUUUGGCUGGCAUACAUCUUGAUGUCAUCGAUGGUGUACGCGAUGAUGGUGGCGCUGGGAGAAAUGGCCGCUUUAUUCCCCGUGGCUGGAGCUUUUACGCAUUACGCCGCUAGAUUCGUCGACCCGAGUCUCGGCUUUGCCUUGGGUUUCAACUACUGGUACUCAUACGCUAUUACUAUCCCUACAGAAAUUGUUGCCGCGACUAUCGUCAUCAGUUAUUGGGACGCGGACACAAAUGCCGCCGUCUAUAUCACUGUUUGUCUCGUCAUGAUUUGGGCUAUCAACUUCCUGGGAGCUAAGGCGUAUGGCGAGGCUGAAUUCUGGUUCUCCUCUAUCAAAGUCAUUACCAUUGUUGGCUUGAUCAUUCUCGGUAUCGUACUUAUGUGCGGCGGUGGUCCCAAUCACGAUGCCAUCGGUUUCCGAUACUGGCGAAACCCCGGCGCGUUCAACCAGAUUUCUAUUGGUGACGGUGUCAUUGGGGGCAGAUGGGGACAAUUCUUGGCUUUCUGGGAUGUCUUUGUGCAGGCCGCCUUCUCCUUCAUCGGUACUGAGAUCAUUGCCACCACCCUCGGUGAGGCUGAAAACCCCCGAAAGACUGUGCCCAAGGCUAUCAAGCGUGUCUUCUUCCGCUUGUUGUUCUUCUAUGUCAUGGGCACCUUCAUCAUUUCCGUUCUCGUCCCCUACACCGAACCCAACCUCCUGAACGGCUCUGGCACCGCGGCCGCCUCUCCUUUCGUCAUUGCUAUCCAGAAUGCUGGUAUCAGGGCUCUCCCUUCCAUCGUUAACGCCGUCCUCCUCAUCUCUGCCUGGUCCGCCGGCAACUCUGAUCUUUACGCUUCUUCCCGUACGCUCUAUGCUUUGGCGCUCGAGGGUCAGAUGCCUAGGAUCUUGAGGAGGUGCACCAAGCGAGGUCUGCCCAUUUACUGUGUGGCGAUCACCGGCAUCUUCGGUGUACUUGCGUACAUGAACACUGGUGGCGAUACUGCCGAGAUCGCUUUUAACUGGCUCUAUAACCUCUCUGCUAUUACUGGUAUCAUCACCUGGUGGGCGAUCUUGUUGGCCUACCUCCGAUUCUACUAUGGCCUCAAGAAGCAGGGCCUCACCCGAGAUGAAUUCCCCUACAGGGCGCCUUUGCAACCGUACCUCUCGUGGUACGGUUUCCUCUUCUUCUCCGUCAUCAUCCUCUUCAACGGCUUUACCGUCUUCCUCAAAGGCAACUGGGACACUUCCAGUUUCGUCGCGGCCUACAUCACCCUCCCCAUUUUCGCCGUCUGCUGGAUCGGUUGGAAGGUUGUCAAGAAGACCAAGAUGGUGCCUCUGGAUCAGAUCGAUUUCCACACGGGGAGGAGAGAGUUGGAUGAGGAUGAGGCGGCUGAUAAUGAGAAGUUCAAGGCGGAAACCAAGUUCCAAAAGAUUAUGGGAAUUUUGUUCUAG